AUGGAGGCCAACAGCACCGCUGCCAACCCGGCAAAGUUCUCCCGCUACCGGACUGUGAGAGCCCGCGCCGCAACCCUCCAAACCCUGUCCUCGCAGUCCGACACCGACCCCCCACCUCCACCACUGCCCAAAGCCGCGACCUUCACCCCGGCCGGCCCAGAAACUGCAGUCAAGCGAGCGCCAUCGCGGUACCGGCGCAACCAUGCAGCUGUCGAAGCGCCGCCCGUGCCUACAGUGCCCGUGCCAAAGAUUUACGACGGGCACGCGACCGCCGCCGCAGACGCGAAUAAUGUGGUUCUGAAACAGGGUGUGACGUCGCCCGCCCGGUAUCACCACCACCACCCUCACACCGCAGCAGACCCGCCCAAGCAGCACCAACAAGAAGAGCGUAGCACGCAUACCGUCAAGAAAGAGGCGCGCCGCAAAGAUGGCGACGACAUCAGUGCGCAGCGCGGCCCGCCCUUGACGCCGCCCACAACUGCUGCUGCGACAUCGGGCCCCAGCACAGGCCUUGGGCCAGAGGAGAGGUACGAUGCCGCGCGAGAAGAGGCGCGCAUGAUCCUCGAGGGCGAGUACGACAGGCUGCAGAAGAUGAGGGCCGGGGCUGAGAAGCAGAGACAUAUGGCGGGGCAUGCUAUUGGGAAUCAUGCACCGGACAUGAGUCGACGGAAAGAUACAGUCAAGCACAGGGAGCAGAGGUCGCCAAGGUUAGAUAGAGGACCCGAGCGCCGGGCAGCGAAGACCAGUGACGGACUGAGUGAGGCCGAGCCUAUACAGCAGCAAUCACAGGCGCCCGAGCCAGUGACACAGAUGCCUGUCUCGCCACCAAUGUCGCCAAAGCGUGGGCUCAAGAGGUUCAUCAUCGGCUCUCCUCGCCAGGAGACGCCCACGUCACCGCUGCAAGCCAACGCCCCUCCCGCCACCAUCACCUCACCCAUCGCGACUCACUCUUCCCCGCCACGAUUCGGCCAUAUAGAUCCGCCAUCCGCUCCUCACGCACAUGUUCAGCACUUUGACGCACCCAUCUCGGCUUCCAAUGCACCCGACCGCUGCGUGACGGUCCGUUACCUCACCUCCGAAAUCACCCUUCCCGUCACCCCCGCCACAACCACCAAGGACCUCCUCAAUUCAGCCUCCAUUGUGCUUUCCAAACCCCCGGACCCUCGCACUGCCACCCUCGUCGAGAGCUACACGACUCCCACCCUCGAACUCGACCGACCACUCCGGCGCUAUGAGCGCAUCCGCGACGUGCUCAACUCCUGGGACGCCGACACGCAACAGCAUCUCCUCAUCGUGCCCGCCGAGGAGAGCAAUGCUUCCGGCCUGGACCUGCAGUCCGUGCCGGCAUCUGCGGGCGUCGACAUCACGCUGCAGAUGUACCAUGCCGCAGCGACGUCCUCGACGCGCGGAACCUCCAGCUGGCACAAGCGCUGGGUGCGCCUGCAGCCGAACGGGCAGAUCAGCAUCUCCAAGCACGAGAGCGGCGUCGACAGCACCAACAUCUGCCACCUCAGCGACUUCGAUCUGUAUGCGCCUGGCCGCAGUCUUUUGAAGCGCCUGCGGCCGCCGCGCGGGCAGAAGAGCAUUUUCGCUGUGAAAUCGCUGCAGAAGAGCGCCAUGUUCCUGGACGACGACUCGGAAGGCGGCGGCGGUGGAGCCAAGGUGAAUUUCGCGCACUUCUUCGCCGCGGGUGACAAGGGCGUGGCGGACCGCUGGUACGCGGCUGUGCAUGGUUGGCGGAGCUGGUAUCUGGUCAAUGUGCUCGGUGAAGGCCGCGUGCCCGCUAGUGGCACGGGCGAGGUUCUCGGCGAGGUUAGGCAGGAGCUCACUCGGAGAGACCGAGACGGAGCUGCUGGCAACGGUCAUGACGGCAGGCCUGGCACGAGCGCAAGCGCCGAGACAGUCCCGUAUCAGCUCGGGAGCUUCAAGUCGCUGCUGGAGAUGGACUUCAGCAAGAUGGGGACGGAGGAGAGCGUGGGGCCGGUGCGGCGCAGCGUGGACGGAGGCAGUCACCGGCUCAGCAGGAGAAGCAUCGAUUUCAAGGCCGGCGGGAGUCCCAAGCGCCCGCACACGGCGAGGGCUGCGCCUCCGACGGCGUUCCCCGGCCGCUUCAUCGUGGACAGCAUUGACGGUAACUCGUCAUCCCAAGACUCGAGCUCCGGCUUCACAGGCAAAGGCCUCUUGGCGCAGAACCUGCACUCAACAGCGACAGGAGGGCCCAUUGAAGACACGAGCCUCGGCUUUACGGGUAAAGGCUUGCUGGCCCGGAGCGCGACUCAGCGGUCGCAGGGCGGUCGCGGUACGGGCAGAGGCGUGUCGGUGUCGGGCUUGAAAAAGGGCCAGCCACUGGUGGAUCUUAGUGGGCAGAGCGAGUUUGCGGAUGGGAGCCUGCUGCGGAAGCUGGAGGCCUGGAAGGUGCAGAAUGGGGAGGCGGAGAUGAAGGUCGACCGUGAGAAGAGGGUCGAGGGGAAUAUGAGGGUUGGGGAGGGGUACUAA